CAAAAAGACACAAAAGUCACCCAAUCCCAAGACCAACAACUCCUUGGCAGUCAAUCAACGUACCCAAGGUGGUAAAUAAGUGUUCUCGAUGCCGCCCUCUGGGGGUGUGGGUUCCAUCAAUACUGCGAAUACCGGCCACAGCGAUGGUUCCGCUGGUACCUCAAGCCGAAACCAAGCUCUAGCUCUAGAUUCCCGGAGUGGCACUCAUCAAGAUGGUGUCCGGAAGCGGCGAAGGAUUCCGCGGGCAUGCGACGACUGCCGGCGAAAGAAGAUAAAAUGCGACGGAAAGCGGCCAUGCACAAGCUGCGCAGAAUUCAGCUCCGAAUGCACCUACAAUGCCCAAGUCGUCCGUCCAGGCCCCGCCAAACAGGAGGAGCUCGAAAAGAGGCUCCUGGCCGCCGAAUCAAUCAUUCGUCGCUAUCUGCCCCAGGUCGACCUCGCAAAUUUGGGCAGCGCGUCGCCCCUGACUGGGCCUGAACAGUCGCGCGAUCAAUCUGCCAGCGCCGAUGAUGCUGCAGACGGUCCUCGGUUUAUUCCCAUGGUGGGGAGUGCCGACCAGCUCGACUUUACCGAUUCAGGAGAAUACCAAUUUCAUGGAAUCUCGUCGGGCGCCGCCUUUUUGAGUCGCAUCUACCAGCACCUCCCAGGCCUUUUGAGGCAGGACUUUCAGAUGCCGUUUUUGCCGCGGCCUAGUCGUCCGUUUGACGCGAGACCUCUGGAGCUACCAGUGUACUCGACAAACUCGUGGAGGCAGGCAAACCACGACUAUUCCCAGCUACCUCCCCGUGAUCUCGCCCGCUCCCUUUGCGAAUGUGCGCUCAACUGGGGCUCCUGCCUGCUCAGAGUGGUCCACGCACCCACGUUCUGGGUCAUGCUCGAUACGCUCUACAAAGAGCCCACGCAGCUUGACGCGAGCCAGCAGCGGAGAUCUAUUGGCCUGCUGUUUGCAGUCAUGGCUCUGGGAUCCAUGUAUGACGUCGACGAGAACGAUCCUAACAAUCCAGACCACUAUGCCGUCGCUAUAGAACGAGGUCACAAGUAUUACACCUCGGCCCGGCUUUUCUUGCAGGACAUCACCGAGUGCUCCGACAUGAUAACCCUGCAAGCCAUGGUCUUCCUCAUCCAGUUCCUACAGGCGACGGGCAACCUGAAUGGCUGCGAUACCUUGAUAGGCAUCGCUCUCCGUUCCGCCUUGCGCAUGGGUCUUCACAGGAACUUGCCUCACAUACCAAUGUCGCCCAUCAAGGACGAGACAAGGAGGCGGGUUUUCUACGCGAUACGGCAGAUGGAGAUCUACCUGUCGACCACCCUUGGUCUUCCCAUCAUGCUGCAGAGUGGAGAUAUCGACCAGCUUUGGCCGACCGAAGUAGACGACGAAUACAUUCUCGAAGACGGCAUCAGGGCGCCGCCCCCGGGCACGCCCUCAUUUCUUGAGGCCUUCAACGCCCACCUGAAACUGAUGCGAAUCCUGGUCAGUGUUGUGGAGCAUCUCUACCCGCCGAAAGAGACGAACAAAGGACCUGCAGAUGUCAGCUACAUGAUCAGUUACGCUCGGGUCAGAGAGAUGGAACAAGCCCUUCACGAUUGGCAUGAAGAACUGCCCAAAACCUGGCGCCCGGGAUCCGAAGAAAAUACAGAAAUUACUCGAGUCCGAAUCCAGUUGCGAUUCGCUUAUGCUCAUAUCCAGCUCAUGUUGUACAGGCCAUUUCUGCAGUACUAUUCGCGGCGAGCAUCGGCCAACGAGACAGCCAACGAGCGCUGCUUCGCCCUUGCGACUGCCGGAAUCAACGUAUGCCGAAACAUUAUCCAUCUUGGGCUCGAAAUCCGGCGACAGGCAGUUCUGUUGGGUCCGUUUUGGUUCAUUACAAAUACCCAAUUCUUUGCCAUCCUGGCCCUGGUUUCAUAUGUACUGUAUAACCACGACAAGCCCGAGGCGCCCAAGCUGUUUGCCGAGGCCAGAUUGGGCAAGGAGUGCAUAUCGGACCUGGCACAACGGAGUCUGGCUGCUGAUCGGGUUACUGUCGCUCUCAAUUCACUUUUCGACAAACUCCCAGACCGGUCAUGGAGAACCGGUGAUCAAUUGUCGACAAAUAACCCAGAUUUUGACCCGAACCCCCGGCCUGCUCAAACCGACAAGAUCAGCCCCCUUGCACAGGGCAAUAUGCAAAUACCGACCCCAGCUGAGAAGGACCCCUCAAGAAGCCUCUCUACUCUCCAUGAGCAUGGGCCAACGACGCAGCUCCACGCCCCGAUGCACAGCCAAGAACAACAACUGGCACCGGAGAACUUGAUGGACUUUCAUUUGGAGAACCCUUUUGCAUACCCUCUUUUCGCGGGAGACAGGCCCGAAGACAAUGGGUUUUCUUUGUUGGAAGAAGAUGGACUGCAGUUGCCAUUUUUCGAUCUGCACACGGAUCCAGCGGGCCAGCUAUUGCAAUCCCAAGAUCUUUUGUUUGGAAUGUCUACGGAGCAAAAUGAUCCUCUCUUUCCAUUUUUGUAGGGGCCUGCACGAAAUUGGCCAUGGAUAAAAAGGGAAUUCAUAAAACAAUCUCAGAUUCUCAAGUAUGGGUAUAUGGCAAUAGGACGCAGAUACAGUAGACAAUAACGCAUCACAGACUCUCGAUCCAUCACAAUAAUAAACUGGGGGACAAAAUAGCAGGCGAAGCUACUUGUCAAGCGACCCACGACCGGCUUCACAAAGCUGGAUCGAGCGACCCCAUUCUGAUCUGAGGAACUGCGAUGCUGUGAGCCUCCUAGACGGC